UUAAAACUAGCAACGAAUAAAUCUGAAAUCAUAACAUUUUUCAUCUCUGGCAAUUGUAAGCGUAAAUCCAUUAAUUAAAUUUGAGUUUAACAUAGUUAAUUUAAACAAGUUCUUCUUACAGAAGGGGAUAUUUUGAGCUGUCAAUCAUUUUAUUCCGUAGCCAGAUCAAAGUUCCAAAUGACUGAUAUCGGAUGGGGAAAGUUGCAGGCCUACGAAGCAUAUGGCCGAGCUGGGGACAAGAAAGAGGAUUUCGACAUUGUAACGUACGAGGCUGCGUUGUCUGACAAAUAUUCUUCUUUUCGACAUGCGUCACACUCCAUGCUUUUUGCCAGGAACGACGUGCUUCUAUGGGAUUUAUACUGCCCUAGGGCUGCAGUGUUGAUGCAGAUGAGGUUUGAUGGCUUGCUAGGAUUUCCAGGUGGUCUAGUUGAUCCAGGUGAACACCCACUCCAGGCAGCAAACCGUGAACUAGAAGAAGAAAUUGGUCUGGACACUGAGAAGUUUAAACUGACAGAUAGUGACCAUGUUAUUUCCUUUGUGAACAAGGGCAAAAAUCUUGUGCUACAUUUUUAUGGGAAGGAGGUCACCUUGCCACAAUUUCAGGAAAUUGAAUUAGAGAAUCUAAAGGCCCCUGAUUAUGGAGCAGAAACACUGGGUAUAUUGAGACCUCCACUGUACACUAUGGGUGAUGGAUACAGAGGGCUCCCAGCCUUUCUCUCCAAUAACUUCGCAGGGAAUGCUCGUCAGGAGUUAUUGAUUGGAAUUCAACACUAUAAAAUCCUCUCAGAAGAAGAAAUCCAAGAAGCUUUGAAUUCCUACUUAACUUUCCAACAACAGAAUAAAGACUCUAUAGGCCUGACUAAUCUAGAGAAUUAAAUAACAUAUUUUAUGUGUACUUUUUUGUUUAUCUGUGUAUUGGAAAUCCAUAGUAUGUAGGAUUUUGGGUGAAAGGGGGUUCUUAUAGAUGGCAAGGGGUCUGGGUUCUGCCAGUCUUCAGUAGGUCAAGGACAAUGCUAGAUGGGGUCAAAGCCCACAGUAAGCUUCUGAACACCAGCAAUUACUGGUAAAGAACCUUAUUUUGACAGUAAUCUUACUGUUAUUUCAUUGAAGUAUAACUGAAAAUAUAUAUAUGUGAAAUAGUUUUGAGAAGGCAUGAGCCAUGUGCGCCCUAAUCUGAAUAUAGGUCUGUAGUACCAAUGGUACCAUGAAGCUUUGAACAAAAUAUUUAGUCAUCCCAGUUAAGACCCCUGGUUAAAAUG